AAAGGUUGGAAGAUGAGACAGGGAAUUUGUGUCUGCCAGGCAGAAAUGGAUGGAAACUGAAGAAGUUAUAAAACUGCCUUGUGCCUUGCUCAAACCGGAAAAGAGGUUGAAGAGUGAGGAGCGUGUCACCAAAGCAACAGAAUUCCUCCGCAACCACCACCGCCCCUGCACCAUCACUACCACCACCAGGAUGAUCUCAGACAUCAUACAGCACACCCUAGCUCCUCCUCCUUCCCAUGGCUCCCGAUUUACUCUCCACUGGCCUGUUAAAAAAUCCACAAAUCCUCUCCUCCCUGGCCCAGAAUGUGACAAAAUGCUCUUUCAUCACCGGACAAAUACACCACCAGGUGGUACCCCCUCCGCUGUUCUUGCAGGGACCACUGUCAUUAAGUGGUCUUUCAGCCCUGCUGUCAGGAUCAGGAAGAAGAGGUGGAUGCUGCAUCAGAGCUUAGAUAGCAUUCCCCUGGUGAGGUUGCAGCCGCUGUGAAGGACACAAGAGGAGCAGGACUUUUCUCCCUGUAUCUCGCAUCAGCCAGAAUCUUGAUUAAGCAUGCCAUCAUGACAACUCCACUUUCCCCUGGAUUCACUGUCGUAAAUUGUCUGAUUAUGCUUGAAAUGAUGUUAUAAAUGACUCUGUGGGAUACCUAAAGGUUGGGGAGAUGCUUUUCAACUGGAUUCAAUGCAUUCCUUCCUCCCACCUCCUAAAUUUUGAUCACUGCUAAUCACAAAUCAACAGCCAGCCUACAACAGCUUCUCAGCAGGAGUUUAAUAAAUGUGUCUCUGAUUAAAGUGUUCUUGAGUAAUUGAAGCGAAUUUAUGGCAGGCUUUUACACCACAGUUUAUCCAUCUAGUCUUUCAUCAGCCGGCAACAUGCACUGCAGGACUUUAUUAGACUGUUUUGCUACUAACAACAAAUCCCAGCGUCUGAGAAGAAAAGUUGAUGAGAAAAAUCAAACCUGUUGUACCAACUGAAUUGUUGUCAAUCAUUUUAUUCACACUGCAGAAAUAACAUUUCCACUGACUAUGAAUAAAUUUUCUAAAAUUUGUCAAUACAUCAAACAAUUUAGACCCUUCUAUCAUCAAACCAUUCAUAAAAAUUAUA